AUGAAGCGUGCCCGUAACACCGAUUCUGCAAUAGACCAGCGGCAGCUACAUUGCGGCUUGUCUGGGUACCUAAUCACAUGCGCCAACAGGCAAGAUCAACGGGCUCUAAUAGAGGCAUUUCGUCUUGUUAACGGUGCCCUACAGGAAUUGGACUCAACAAUCACGGGGGCGACAGCUUGUAGAAAUGAAGACGAAGUCCAAGAGCUGUCUGGUGAGCAGAUACGCUUGUUUUCCUCCAUGGAAUGCCAAACUUUGUUGUAA